UAUAUUGAGACAGCGGUUCCUCAACUGUACACCCAGGGCCCUUGGCUCAUUUCCGUGUACCUUGAACUCAAUGUCUUGCACUCCUGCAAAUCCUGCGAAGAGAGACUCAACGAGGGUGUAACCAGACUGGUCGAACCCCAGCUCCCAGACUCCGGGAGACAUCGAGCCGCCGCUGGGGGCACCUCGCGGCUGCUUCCGUGGUUCCUUCCCCGCCAGCCCCGGGGUCAGCCCGGCCAGCCUUGGCGCCCCCGUCCCCAGCCACUCGAGCGUCUCCGAGCCGCCUGGGUCUCCGCGACCCCCGCCCGGUCCGGAGGUUUGGAGACGGCGGGCGGGCUGAUGCUGCCACCUCUCGGCCACCUUCUCUCGCAGCUGCGCUCAGCCCUCUCCCUCUCCCACCUGGCAACCCGCCCCAAAACCCUCCCCAGGCGUCUGGGCCGGGGAAGGCCGUGA